AUGGAUAGUUAAGAGUAAAAAAUUAAGUUGAAGGAUCCUCUUUUAUGGUGUGAUUGUGAAAUGACUGGUUUAAAUUUUUUGAAUAAUGAUUAAAUUAUAGAAAUAGCAACUCUUUUAACUGAUGGUGAAUUGACUUAAGUCAUCAAAGGUCCUGAGUUAAUUAUCUAAGCCCCAAAAGAACUACUUGAAUCUAUGGACGAAUGGUGCACAAACACUCAUAAAGGCAGUGGAUUAUAUGACAAAGUUUUAAAAAGUGAAGUCACUUUAUAGAUGGCUGAAGAAUAAGUUAUUAAAUUUUUAAAAGAUAAUGGAAUUGAAUAAAAAGAAGCUUUAUUGGCAGGAAAUUCUAUACACGCAGAUAUGAAAUUCAUUUAAAAAUAAAUGCCUAACCUUUAUAAUUUUUUGCAUUACAGACUUGUAGACGUUUCAACUGUAAAGGAGCUAACCAAGAGAUGGAAUCCCGAAAUAUUAAAAAAGGCACCUGUCAAAAAAGGCGGACAUAGAGCUCUAGACGAUAUUCUUGAAAGCAUAGAAGAGUUAAAAUUUUACAGAAAAGAAGUUUUUAAGAUUUGA